AUGGCGAUCAAGCUCGGGAGGGAGAUUCACCAGCUGGUGAAGCAUAAAGAACUGCUGAAAAACAAUCCAGUUCUGGGCUCCAGCCUGGUGAGCUUCUACGGCAAAUGCAGCGAUGUUGAUUCUGCUCAGGAAGCGUUUGACGAGUGCCAAGCUCGGGACAACACGGGUCUCUGGAACUCUCUCAUACAGGCUUACACUUUCCAGGGCCGAUCGAUCGAGACCUUGGAGCGUUUCUAUUCCAUGACUCAGGAGGAGGCCUGUAAAGCUGACGAUGUGAGUUUUGUCUCGGUGUUGAACACUUGCAGCCAUGGUGGUCUAGGAAGGCAGCUUCUGGAUGAAAUGCCCAAGCAGUAUGGAGUCAAGCCACGUCUGGAGCAUUAUGUGUGCCUGAUCGAUAUGCUCGGGCGAGCUAACCUCCUCGAUGAAGCUGUGAGAGUUCUCAGAGCCAUGCCUUUUGAACCGGAUGCAGUGGUUUGGACGUCCCUGCUCGGAGCCUGCUGGAAGUGGAAGAAUUACACGAUUGGCAAACUCGCGUUUGAGUGUCUUGUGGAGAUGGAUCCCAAGAGCGGCACGCCCUACGCAUUGAUGGCCAAUAUAUUUGGAAACCUGGGGAUGCUCAGUGAAAGGGCCGCUGUUGUGGAGAGAAUGAGAGGUGAAGGCAGCUUCAGGAGCCCGGGAGAAGCUGGUGGACGGAUGUUAGCUCUCUUUCCCUUCCUCGGGAUGGCAGAUGUUCCUGUGACAACUACUUUUGAAAACAUGUCAGUGCUCUUUCUUGCAGUUAUCCCUGGUUUUAAACCCUCCAAUCCGGGAAUGCUGACUAAACCUGCCAACAGGUGCCCCAAAACAGAUCAGAUAAUAAGCCUUAGUAUGAAGACUUGCCGGUACCCAAACUCUUUGCUGAUAGCAAGUACCGCCUCAUGUUCCAGGAGCAAGGUGAUGGCGGCUUGCAGCAUGACCAACUUUGGGUUUGUGCUCCUAGAGGACGUUGAAGACGUGUGGAAGCUG